ACGAUAAAGCAGUGUUUAUUGAUGCCAUAACUCAUAAAAAGAUUCGUUGUGGCGAUUUGAAGAGAGACACAAGAAAAUUUGCUGCAGGAGUGCAAGAUCAUCUUGGAUUCAAGCAAGAACUGACAUACCAAUUACUCGAUUCCGGUGCCACUGUUGUAAUUGCUCAUCCAGAUACCAUAUCGAUAUCAGUAGCAAUUGGAGCGUCCAUCAACGCAAAAAUUCCAGAAUCCAAUAUAUUUGUGCUCGGUGAUCAUGAAGUUCAUGGAAUUCAACCUUAUACCACCUUACUUAGUAUACGUGAAGCCGAGCCU